AAGAAGAAGAAGCAAAACCAGAGCGAAAAACCAAACAGAGCUUUCUUCUUCGGCUGCUACGGUGGUCCUUUGUUAACCAUACCCUAAUCUCCUAAAGCUUUUAUAUAUCUGUUAAGGGUUUUAGGGAAUGCAGAGAGAUGAGAGGAGCUUCGUUGAGAAAGCCUGAGCUGUGUGUACGAGCCAAACGCUGCAUCGGCGGCAGAAACUGUCACCGGAAGCACGUGGAGGACGGGUGACCUACUCGCCCCCCUCGCCCGGCUCGGCUUUCUCUUCGUUACGUUAACUGCGAUAUAACGCCAUUUUCGUAGGAGCAUUUUUCUUCAUCUUUUUUUUUUGUUCUCUACGUUGUAUAUUCUAGUUUGUUUGUCAUGGCUGACGAGAAGAACGGCGGCGCCUCCGCCUUGCUUCGCGGCAAGUACGAGCUGGGCCGUAUGCUGGGCCACGGCACGUUUGCAAAGGUGUACCAUGCCCGGAACCUGAAGACCGGAAAACCCAUGGCGAUGAAGGUGGUGGGGAAAGAGAAAGUGAUCAGGGUCGGGAUGAUGGAGCAGAUUAAGAGAGAGAUCUCGGUGAUGAGGAUGGUGAAGCACCCCAACAUCGUCGAGCUUCACGAGGUUAUGGCGAGCAAGUCCAAGAUCUAUUUCGCCAUGGAUCUCGUCCGAGGCGGCGAGCUUUUCGCCAAGAUCGCCAGAGGCCGCCUGAAGGAGGACGUCGCCAGAGUCUACUUCCAGCAGCUCAUCUCCGCCAUCGACUUCUGCCACAGCAGAGGAGUCUACCACCGCGAUCUGAAGCCCGAGAAUCUCCUCCUCGACGAAGACGGCAACUUGAAGGUCACUGACUUCGGGCUGAGCGCUUUCACCGAGCACUUAAAGCAAGACGGGCUGUUGCACACCACGUGUGGGACCCCGGCUUACGUGGCGCCGGAGGUGAUCGGGAAAAAGGGAUACGACGGAGCUAAGGCUGAUCUCUGGUCGUGUGGUGUUAUACUUUAUGUGCUUCUCGCCGGGUUCUUGCCGUUUCAAGAUGACAAUUUGGUGUCCAUGUAUAGAAAGAUUUACAGAGGAGACUUCAAGUGUCCGCCGUGGUUUUCUUCCGAGGCGAGGAGGCUGGUUACGAAGCUUCUAGACCCGAACCCGAGUACACGAGUAUCCAUUUCCAAGAUCAUGGAGUCGUCUUGGUUCAAGAAGUCUGUGCCCAAAACGGUGAAGAGUAAGAAAGAGCAGGAGUUCGAUGAAAGUACAGAGAAGACUUCGAAGCAAAUGGAGACGUUGAAUGCGUUUCAUAUUAUUUCGCUCUCUGAAGGGUUCGACUUGUCUCCGCUGUUUGAGGAGAAGAAGAGGGAGGAGAGGGAGGAGCUGAGAUUCGCUACGACGCGGUCGGCGAGCAGCGUGAUCUCGAAGCUGGUGGAGGUGGCGAAAUCUGGGAGGUUUAGGGUGAAGAAGAGUGACUCCAUGGUGAGGCUUCAGGGUGAGGAGAGUGGUAGGAAAGGGAAGUUGGUGAUUGCGGCGGAGAUUUUCACUGUAACGCCGUCGUUUUUGGUUGUGGAGGUGAAGAAGGACAGUGGUGAUACUCUGGAGUACAACCAGUUCUGUAGCAAAGAGCUCAGACCGGCGCUCAAAGACAUUGUCUGGACCAAUUCGGCCGCCCCUGCCUGAUUCGUUGUUUUUAGUCUUAUUGUUGCUGUGAAUUGUGACAAUUGUUGUUGUUGUUGUUAGAGUGAAAUUGAAGCUGGCUAAGGCCAUUGAGGCUCUGAAAUUCCGUUUUGAUUGUUAUGCUUUCUGUUUUCCUCUGUUUGUGAAUAACUGAAACUGUGAAGUCAUUUGUGUU